CGAGUGUUGAAUACCACAGAGAAAAUUCGAUUUCUGUAAACAAAAUAGACUGAGCUGGCAGUAUUUAAAUCACACUGGUACAUAAAAAACAGGAGGAAAUGAAGACUUCAUGAAAUGAAUUAAGAAUCUAAAAUAUGAGUGUCUAUGUACAACAGUCAAAAUCUGGUGAAACAAUAUAGAUUUGCAUCAGUACUGAAAAAAAUAAAAUGGGAAUUAUAGAAUGACCAUUCAAACUAGAAACUUGAUCAACAUAUAUUAAAUUCAGUAAAACAUUUCCCAGAUUUGAAGAUAAUCAUGGGGGAUGUAUUUGAAGAUAAACAACAUUCUGCUGAAAGCCCCCCUGCACAACGUGUGUCUCGCAUGUCAAUACCAAGCACUAAACAAAAUGAAGACAAGCUUUUGGAAGAACAAAAAUUAAAAGAAUCUAAACAGGACAAGUCCAAAAAAUCUCAUACCAGUAGAGGGCACUUCAGUUUUAGCACAAAUAGUCCAACACUUUCAAGUCUAAAACGGCCUUUGAGACAUUUUCUUGUAGCUGCCAAACCAUUUUCACCAGUAAAGCAUUCAAAAUUUAAGCUUGACAAUAGUUGUAAUUCGAACACACCCUUGCAACUUGGAGCUCAGAAAUUUCUACAAUUGUCAAACAAUCUCUUGAAAGAUGAUCAAUCAGGUGUGGCAGUGCCCAAUUCCAAAGAGGUCAAGACCAAGGUUGUUGAUUUAUCCUUUAAUGAGUCCACAGAAACUGGUUCUAUGAGUAAUACCUUAAGGAUUUCUUCAAAGCAUGGAACUGACAGGGCAGUAGAGGAAGUGUCUUUAGGGGAACAAUACCAGCCAUCUGACAAUCUUUUGAAAGCUGAUCUGUCAGGCAUGUCCACUUCUGAAAAGGUUAAGACUGAGGUCUUCGAUUUUUCCUUCAAGAGUUCCCUAGAAACCGGGUCCUUGAGUAAUGUUUUCUCUGAAAAUUCUCUACACCAUGGAACUGAAGUGCCAAAUUCAGGAGAUGUUAAGACAAAAGUCUUUAAUUUAUCAUUAAAUGAGUCUCCAGAAUUCAUUUCCAUGUGCAAUGACUCAAUAGACAGUUCUUCAUGGCAGGGAAUUGAAGUAUCCAACGAUGUUAAGACUGAAGUCUUGGAUAUAUCAUUAGAUGAUUUCACAGAAACUGAUUCCAUGUGCCAUGACUCGACUGAGAAAUUUUCACAGCAAGGAACUAAACUGUCCAACGAAGUUAAGACCAAGGUCUUUGAUAUAUCUUUUAUUGAGUCCUUAGAAUCUCAUUCCAUGUGCAACGACUCAACUAAAAAGUUUUCACAGCAGGGAACUACAGGACCCAAUUCUGAGGAUGUUAAGACCAAAUUCUUUGAUUUAUCAUUUAAAAAACCCCCAGAAACCAAUUCCAUUUGUGAAAAUUAUUCACAGCACAGAAGUGAAGGGUCCAGUUCUAAAGAUGUUAAGACCAAAGUCUUUGAUACAUCAUUAAAUGAGCCCCCCGAAACCAAUUCCAUGUGUAAUGUCGCAACUAAAAAUUCUUCGCAACACAAAACUGAGUCGGUAAAAGAGGAAACGACUGUAGUAGAACGACAUGUCUCCGUUACCUUCCUACCAGUCCCUCACUCUGAAAUGCAGCUUCUUCCUCUCCAGCAAGGAAAGAUAAAUCAUAAAGAAAGAAGUAACGUUGAAGAAAGCAAGGAUGAUUUAUGCUUACGUGAGAUUGAGGCUGGUGAACAAGCAAGUCCCAAGAAGAGGCAGCAACUCAGUGGUCCAUCCAAAGAGACUAAAGAGGAGCCAGAGUUGGAAUUAGAGGAAGACACAGAAAAAUCUAAUGGAAAAAGACCAGCUUUAGAAGAAGACAGUGCAGAACCCAACAAGAAACAUCGACCUCUCAAAUGUGAACGCUGUAAACAGUUAAUGCUAUCCAAUAACCUAGAAUUGUCUAAUGAUAUUUCUUGUGAGUUUUGUUCGAAAGAGUUUGACUGCUACUGUGCACUGGAAUUCCACAAAGUAACCAUUCACAUAGAGAAGAAACCUCAUUGUGCAUUAUGUUGCAAGGUUAUAACGGGCCCGAAAUUAUCGGAGCAUUUACAGAGCCAUGGGCUGACAUCACAGGACCUAAUGAUCACAUGUGGUGAUUGUAACAUCUAUGGUUAUAAGUGGUCCAACAGAACCUUCUUUAAGAAAAAUACUUUCUGUACACACCUGCAAGGGAAGGAUACUCUUUAUAACAAUGUAUUAAUAAAAUGUCCUAAAUGUCCAGCAGAGUUUGAUAGGCUGGAGAUUUUUGAAAGUCAUCGAGAAAAAAUGCACUAA